CAUUCACAAACCGUGGCGCGAUAGAACCAUCCUGUUCCACUGCCAAUCCGACUGGCUGGUGAUAGCCAAAGCGACGCCGACUAUUGUACUGCUGUUACAGGGCUGACGCACUGUCUUUUAGGCUCGGUGCGAUGCGUAUCUAGAUCCAGACAAGCCUUGCUCGCGAUGCCGGAGAAUGAGCAGACAGUGCACCAUAUCGGAACCCUUUCGACGAGAGCACAAACGCAAGCGAAUCUCCGAACUUGAACUCCGUACGGACGAACUACAGGAGAGAUUGAGAACAUCUUCUCAGUCUGCCCAACCUGAAGUACCAGCCCUGCCCGAACGAUCAUGGGCUGCUGUCAACAGCAAUGACCACCAAACUGCUGAGACUGAGAGCCGGCUAGCCUCAGUUGCACCUUUCUUCCGAGAUGCAAACAUUGCGCCCGUGUCCUUUCGAUCUUUUCCUCCACCGGCCGAAACGUUGCAAACUCCGGAGAGCCUACUGCAUGAUCAGCCUGUCUCGGGAACAUUACCGAGGAGCCUGGAUGCGCUCACUGUGGAAGCCAAGGACAUUGAUGCCAUAUUUCUCAUAUACUUCCGCGACUAUGCCAGUCUUAUGCCCAUUCUCGAUCCCACAACGUCCCCGAAUGCGUACUAUGGGCUCUCUCCAUUUCUGUUUUGGACAAUCAUCGGAGUCGGUUGCCGCACGUAUCCGAAAGAUCCCACGUUGCUUGCCGUAUUGCCUUCCAAGCUUUACGCCAUGGCUCUGCCGACAAUCAAUUCUAACGUAAAUCUACAAAUCGUCCUAGCGUGGUUACUGAUCCUGUACUGGCCUUUCCCGAAGGCUGCUACUGGACAGGACUUGAUCUAUCCUAUGAGUGGCGCUUUGAUACAUAUGGCAAUGCAACUAGGACUUCAUCAUCCAGUGUCAGGCCAGGAAUUCAGCAAAGUCCCGAUAAGAUUGAGUGAGGAGGACACCAAGAGGCGGGCUGAAACUUGGGGCUACUGCAUGCUGGUCUAUCAACGCUCGUGUCUCUGCAAAGGAAUAUCCGCAAUGCCGAUUCUCGAUAUUCCUCAUGACCCCGAGCAGAGAAGAGUGGUAUUCCAAAACAUAUCGACCAGGCUAAAAUUCGAACUCAAGUUACAGGAUGUAUUGACGAGGUGUUCGAUUGCAGUGUCGCAGAACGGCCUCAGAACAAUGUCCGCGGAGCAAGAGCGGUCCCUGGACACUCUCCUGAAUCUUUUCCAGGCGCAGGUCAGCAGCGUUGGUCUUGACUACGCUUCAGAUCUCGACCAUCUCUAUGUGCAACUGUCCAGCCUUCAGAUCCAGAUGUUCAAUCUCUACAAGUCACCCGCGGCACAGGAUCCCACAUCAUUGUACGACCUAUGUACAGUAUCGUGUCAAGUACUUGAGACUUUUGACAAACUGGACAAAUUAGGCCAAAUCUCCCUUCCAGCAUCAGGCAUUUUCUUUUAUCAUAGCAUAAUGGUACCCUGCCAUAUCCUGCUUCGGCUGCUCAAGACCUCAUUUGCACGAUACAUUGAUGUUGAGAGAGCCAAGGCCGCACUAUUCCUGGGUAUCAGCCUGAACAAGCGAUUAUCGCUACAAAAUGACGACAUACCUGCCAGGAAUGCAGUGGCCUUGACACAACUGUGGACCAGCAACAGGGUGUUUCGCAGACCGAAUGGCACCGAAGCAGUCGCUUUACGCGUCAGAAGCCGCCUUGCUGCAAGCAUGGUCCUCGACGGUAUUGUUUGGUGGCGUGAAGAGACUGGAGCUUUCAUGGGAGUUUACCCACCUCCAAUGUCUCGAAAUGAUACUCCCGCAAAUGAAAAUGGUGUUACCAACCACGCGAAUGGAAUAAUCGAACCUGCGAUGGCGACCAUGGCGAGACCAGAAUAUUCCAACUUCCUUGACGAUCCCAUGUUAGCCGAAUUGGGUUGGCCCGUUGGAGAAGAUAUCUUUUCGUCUUUAUGGACGGAUGAGACACUGGGAGCUGUGGGAUAAGUAACGACUGUACGACUUGAGUCCUAUCAUUCCCAUUGUAAUAUUAUCGACACGCAGCGGAUACACAGUAUUUCGGA